AUGGCCUCCACCAAGCAAGAUGAUGACGCGUCUAUGGGCAAAGGGCCGGGAGAGGGUCUGCCUUCCUCUUCGAGCUCGGCGCCAAGCCUGCCACCCAUCCCCACGCCCAGCAUGCCUACGAGCAGCGUUGAAGAUGAGGGAAAGCAAAAGAACGAAGUGGCUGGCGCCCUUGCUGGCGUCGGCAGGACGUUGUCGCGAGUGCUUACGCGAGCGGUGCUUGGCGUCGGCCGAGGCAGCAUUGCUGGCACCCUCUCUGGCAUGGCCGAAGAGACCGCCGGCUAUCCGCUCGAUCUCACCCGAAUGCAAGCCCACGGCGACCACCCCACGGGGGCCAUGGGCAUCCUGCGGGAGACCCUGCAGAAGGAGGGCGUGCGAGGGCUGUUCAAGGGCCUCGGCCCUCCGUUCCUCGCCUCGUCCAUCACCACCGCCACCAUUUUCGGGUCCUACGCGCACGCGGUGGACUUCCUGCACGAGCGCUACGGCAGCCGAGGCGAGGUGCGGCUGGCCCACGUGGCCCUGGCCGGCGCCGUUGCCGGAUUCGCGCAGGCCUUCAUCCUCUGCCCCGUCGACGUCAUCAAGAACCGCAUGCAGGCACACCUCACCACCGCCAUCGACCACUCAAACGAGCGCUCAUCUCUGCGUGUCGUGGGAGGGUUCGGGCACGGCGGAGCGGCGGGGCCGGGUAACAUGGAGAUGGUGCGGGAGGUGAUCGCCACCCGCGGCUGGCGGGGCCUCUACCUCGGCAUGGUCCCCACCCUCUGGCGCGACGUGCCCGGGUAUGCGGUAUUCUUCGCAUCGUAUGAAUUCCUCAAGCGGUCGUUCGCUGCACUCCCGUUCCUGCGGGCCGCGCCGGGCGCCGCGGAGGGCGCCGACGACGACCCACACGGCGCCGGGGGCCUCUCACCCGUCGCCGUCAUCCUGGCCGGUGGUGUGGCGGGUAUGGCGUAUCACACGGCAACGUACCCGUUCGACGUGGUCAAGACGCGGAUACAGAUCCAAUCCGGGUCCACGCCCACCUACAAGAGCACCCUCGACUGCUUCCGCAUCCUCUACCGACAAGGCGGAGCUGGCGCGCUGUUCAAGGGCUACGUGCCAACGGUCCUCCGCUCCUUCCCGGCCAACGCUGUCGGCUUCCUGGUCUAUGAACUGACCCUGCGGUUCCUGCCUUGA